CGUGCACGCACAGCCCGCUCCAACUCUCAAUAAGAUUUUGGAGCUCCUUCAUCCUGGAGCUUUCGCCACACUAUGACGCCACCCACACCACCCUAGAUGGACGUCAACCGCACGCAUUCUUCUACACACGACCAUCACUUCAGCAACGCUUCGCAACACUCAUCAGGCCAAUUUGCAUCCAAAACGAGCGAAGUUCUGACCUUCACCAAAGAGCUGAGACUACUUGGGCCCUCAAUCCACCAUGGCGUGCCCCGUCAAUCAUCCAGCAUUCCACGCACUCAUCUUUGUACUGGGCAUCAUAGUCGUGCUCUUUAGACACGUCAAGGGCGCCGAGCUACCAAACGCUUCCUUCAUGCUUGCUGCUGCUGAAGCUACUGCAGGUCGAGCGGGAGGAGAAGCCAUUACGCAAGGUCCCCUGGCGAUGCUGUGACGCUCGCGGAACUUCAUCUCGCCGCUGA